AUGAAGGAUCUUGAAGGACAGAUGGAUUGGUACGAUGAGUUGAAGGAUUUAGAUGACAGUUCGAUGGACCAAAUGCACUGGAGGAUAGUGGAUCUGGAGGAGCUUGUCAGGAGGAUAAAUGAUGAAAUGCCGUCAAAAGCAAGACAGGGUUCUGGACUACCUACCACACCGGAAGAGUUGGCACAACUCAUAGCCCAACACGUUAAUACUGCCAUGGAACAGCGUGAUGCUAACCAUAGUGAUGGCCAUGGACGCGGACGUGGGGCUCAUGGGCGUGGUUUUGGUGGGGCACAGAUUGGAAACCCUCCAGGACCCUUAGAUAUCACCAGGUGGAUUGAGAAGAUGGAAUCCGUCAUGGCAAUCAAUGGUUGUGCUGCUGAUCAACGGGUUAUGUACGCUUCUUGCUCUUUUCUUGAUGAGGCACUAUCCUGGUGGAACUCGCAAGUUCAAAUUUUGGGUGAAGACGCUGCAUAUGGUCUAACCUGGAACGAACUUAAGGAGAUGCUCCUGAAGGAAUACUGCCUGCGCAGUGAGAUACAGAAAAUCGAGACCGACUUCUGGAACCUAACCAUGGAAGGUCUGAAUGCCAGAGCCUACACUUCUCGUUUUAACGAUUUUGCAAGGUUAGUUCCACGGAUGGUUACUCCUGAGUAUGUUAAGGUAGAGAGUUACAUUUGGGGGCUAUCGCCACGAAUUCACAGCAUGGUUACAUCAGCGAAACCCACUACCUACCUAGAGGCUACUACAUUGGCGAAAUCAUUAGGGGAUGACGCUGCUCGCAAAGGUAGUCUUGACAAGAAGAAGGAAACCGGGAAGUCACGGGCAAGGCCAAUGCAGACGUGA